GACAUACGUUACAUAUGGAAAUUACUGGCCGUACAAAUGUCGCUGGGACUAAUUUGCCCCGUACGCGCAACGUUACAUUAACAUUCGUGUCGUGAUCGCCGCCCGUACCAAUAGCUCCCGGGGCUGCCUGUGUGAUCUUCAUUCGCGGGCGCAGUGUCACACCAUUCAGGAAUCGGUGGCGAUCGGUGUGUGGCUUGGCUUGGCUGGCAAUCCGCGCGGCUGCUCGCCGUCAGUACGAUCUUUGGUCCCGGCGAAGGAACCACGGUCGCUCCGCGGUUCGGCGAUGUAAAAAGUCCACCCGGUGGUCCGCGGGUUACGAACGUGAUAUUACCGCAUAGAACCUCGUGAACAUGAAGUAAGAGGAGGGCCGACUCAGACAGAACCAACCGGACUUGCUUUCAGAAAAGAUGAGGGGCGGAAGCAGCCUGAGCCACUACAACGACGACGAGUUCUUCAGCGGAGGACCCUGUCCGUCCUGUCGUCUGGCGAUCAACAAGGAGACCGGACGCUUGAAGUGGUGCAUGGGAGGGAACGACACUUGGCGGUUCCGCGUGAAGCUGAUGCUGCUGAUACCGGCGGUCCUGCUGCCGAUCACCAUCAUCUUCAUCGCCCUGUCCCGGUCCCAGGUGAUCGGGAAGGCGCCCUAUUACCGGACCUACCUGAUCCACGCGGCGGGUCGCAGGCCCGACGAGAGGACCGAGGAAACCUUCCCGCCGACCAGCCAUACCGAAACCGAACGCACCGGAGAGGAAGAGGAGGACGAAGGAAUCCUGAUAUCUGGGAUGAAAACCAGCUACGUGCCGGUGGAAACGGCCAUACCGCCGCAGCAUUUGAAACGACGCAAGAGAGAACUCGACGGGGUGCAGUCGACCGACUACGUCACCGGGAAGGUGGACGAGCUUAACGCCGAUGAAAAUUCGGACAAUUACCUGGACGAUUAUUAUCCGGAGGUAGACGCCGAGGAGAUAAAGGAUAACUUGGAGAUCGAAAGCAACGACUAUCGAAACUACGGGGAGCAUUCCUGCGACAACCAUAAGCUCGAGGAGGAGCUGCACUCGAGAUCGUUCGGUGGAAAGUACGACGACAACGAGGAGCAAUCGCAGGACGAGUCCGACGAGGGCGAGCAAGGCGGUAGACGGUCGAUCUCGAUCGACGAUCUAGACUCGAGCCUGCCGAUCUCGGACGAGCAAACCGACGAGACCGAGCCGAACUUCGACACGUUCUGGAAGAGCGAGGGGAACGCCUGGGACAUCAGGGAGGCUAAAGCAAAAAUCAUGCUCACGUACAUGGACAGAAGCACCGAUCCCUGCGAGGAUUUCUACCAGUACGCCUGCGGUAACUGGGCCAGGCACAAUCCCAUACCGAAGGACAAGUCGGCCUACGACACCUUCGAGAUGAUCAGGGAGUCCUUGGACACCGUCCUCAAGGAGCUGCUCGAGGAGCCCAUAUCCCCGGAGCUGGAAUCGGACGUCGACGACGCGACCGUCAAGGCGAAGUACUUGUUCCAGAGCUGCAUGAACUACGAGAUCUUGGAGCAACGCAUGGGACGGCCACUUAUAGAGCUCCUGGACGAACUCGGUGGUUGGCCGAUCCUCAGGCCCAACUGGGACCCGGAGAAGUUCGACUGGCUGCUUCUGGUUGCUCAGCUGAGGCUCUACAACAACGAUAUCCUGAUUUCAGAAUGGGUUGCGCCGGAUAUUAAGAACAGCGACGAGUAUAUAAUACAGUUCGAUCAGACGUCGCUGGGACUCCCGACGAGGGACUACUUUCUUCAGCCGUCGAACAUCAUCUACUUGAAGGCCUACAAGAACUAUCUGAUCAAAAUCGCGACCCUGUUGGGAGCACCUUUGCAGAAUGCCACCAUGGACGCCGACGAAUUGAUAGAGUUCGAAACGCGAUUGGCCAAGAUCACAUCGUCCGCGGACGAGAGGGGAAACGUCUCGGAACUGUAUCAGAGAAUGAGCAUCGGCGAACUGAGAAGUCUUGUCCCCCAAAUCAACUGGCAUCAGUAUCUGACGAUUGUUUUAGCUAGACCGAUGAACGCUACCGAACCAGUCGUCGUUUACGCGUUGCAGUACAUCCAGGAUUUGGUGAACCUCUUGUCGAAAACUAGUCCACGGACCAUCGCGAAUUACCUUCUGUGGCGAUUCGUCAGGCACAGGGUGAACAAUUUGGACGAUCGAUUUCAGGAAGCCAAGCAGAAGUUUUAUUACAUCCUGUUAGGCAGGGAACAGGCGCCGUCGAGAUGGAAGAAUUGCGUUGCUCAGGUGAAUUCGAACAUGGGGAUGGCCGUGGGAUCGAUGUUCGUGAAGAAGUAUUUCGACGAGAAGAGCAAGAACGACACAUUGUCGAUGAUCCGAGAAAUCCAAAGAGCCUUCAGAGAGCUGUUGAACCAGACCAGCUGGAUCGACGACGAAACGAAGGAGCUGGCGACCGAGAAGGUGAUCGCCAUGCUGCUGCGAAUCGGUUACCCUGAUUUCAUUUUGCAGCCGAAGCUGUUGAACAAGCGCUACAAGGAUAUCGUUAUCCAUCCGGACAAGUACUUCGAGAACACCUUGAAUAUUCUGCAACACCUAACCAGGGUGGGACAGGACCGUCUCGGCAGCCCUGUGAACAAAACUCUGUGGAACACCGCCCCGGCCGUCGUGAACGCUUACUAUAGUCGAAGCAAGAAUAGGAUAAUGAUCCCAGCCGGCAUACUACAGCCGCCAUUUUAUCACAGAUACUUCCCACGGAGCCUGAAUUUCGGCGGGAUCGGUGUGGUGAUCGGCCACGAAAUCACCCACGGUUUCGAUGAUAAGGGUCGACUGUUCGACAAGGACGGCAAUCUGCAUCGUUGGUGGAAGGACGAGGCUAUUUACGGUUUCCACCAGCGAGCCCAGUGUCUUAUCGACCAGUACAGCCAUUACACCGUCAGCGAAGUUGGGAUGCAAAUCGAUGGAAUCAAUACGCAAGGGGAGAACAUCGCGGACAAUGGCGGCAUCAAGCAAGCUUUCCGUGCAUACGAAAGAUGGCUGGGCGAAAACGGAGGCGCCGACGAAACCCUGCCUGGAUUGAACGCAACCGGAAAACAGCUGUUCUUCCUGAACUUCGCGCAAGUGUGGUGCGGUUCGAUGAGACCGAAAGCCUCCAGGAACAAACUGAAAACCACCGUGCAUUCGCCGGGCAAGUUCCGCGUGAUCGGAACACUGUCGAACUCUGAGGACUUCUCGGAGGUGUUCAGCUGCCCCCUCGGCUCACCGAUGAACCCUGUUAACAAAUGUUCCGUUUGGUGACAAGCCGGGAAGCUCGUCGAUCCAGGAUCGAUACGAGUCUUCGCUUCAAAGAGAACUCGAGGGAGAUUAGUUUCGCGUUGCCUCUUAGGUCGUGCUGGUCGAUGACGGAUGUGGGAUGGUGGAAAUUAAUCCUGCAAUAGCACAUUUGAAAUCACUGAUUUUGACCGCUGCUCCUCGCUGAUUCUCGGCAAAUAUUUUACUAUAUCCGAAGGAUAUCUCAUCUAACUAUUUUCCUUCUAAUGUAUGGAAAAUGCCUCAAACACAUUUUGAAUGACUAUAAAUUAUUCCUUUAGGUCUCGUCGAUAUGUUUUUGUCGUACAACAUGUACUUUUUGCGAUUGAAAAGACACCGACAAACUAAAGAACAUUUGAAAAGAAUGAAUCCGUGUUUGGAACAUUUCUCGCGUCAUUAAAAAUUAAGAGAACGUUUAAGCGUUGUAGUCCUAGACGGACUUACACUAUACGAGCGCAUAUUUUUUGGUAACGCUACCGCAGGGUUAAUCUCUAUCCUUCUGGCACGUCAGUCGUUCUCAAUAAUCCUCGCGCUUCGUAAGGGUAGUAGACUCUCUAUAACAAUCGCUUCGCGGUGAUCUUCGUCGCGACUGAAAUAUCUCUUCGUUAGAGUGUAACAAGAUGGCGGAGUCGAAGGGACCACAUAAAUCCUGUACCGUUAUCUAAGGAACGCCUACGGUGACCGACUAGGGGAGCUGUAACUAACAAAAUACUCUAUGUAGUUUUCUUAACUAAAAAACAACCGUAAAUAAAGAACGAUAGUUCGGCUUGCUGGACCGAGUAUCGUGCAAAGAGCAGGUAGAUAUUAAUAACAGCUGCGCUGUUCCGACGAGAAAUACAAAUUGUAAGACACCAAAGACAAUAAUAAUUUCAGACAGUCAUAAAAAUC